AUGUCUGCCUACGGGAAACCACAACCGCCACCGCUCCAUGGCUAUGAUGCUAGUCGAACCUUCCCGGAGAGCUCCUUUCCAUAUGUCGCGCCUAGCUAUGGACCUGCGUCUUCCGUCCCCUCGUCAACCGCUCCGUCUUUUCAGAAUACUCCUCAGAUAACACAGAUGGCGUACGCUUCUAACCCGGCGCGUACCCAAUAUGAUGAUCAAUCGGGGCCGUACCUCAACGUGGGAUCAACCCCGAUCCCGCAGGUCACAUCUUACGCACCCUCGAGAGGUGCACCGGGGACCAAGAUCUUUGUCUACAUUACUUCGCUGUACGAGCUGAUUACGACCAACUCUCCUGUCUUCUUCUUGAUGUUUGGGCAACGGAAAUGCGGGGCCUCCGUGACGAAGGCGAGCCAGCACGGGGGUGUUUGUCAGUACCAGAUUACGACAGAGGUCCCCCAGUUCUCAGCCACGAGUUGGUCAUCUGCCCAGGUCCCGGUCUCCAUGUUCAUGGAAACGGGGGACGGCGAUGUGAUUGCCAAGGUAAACGUGGGCCACUUUACCUACGUGGAUGGCGAGCUCUCGGGCGAGAAUCCCGCGAACCAGGAUCCGUCGAGGAAGAGGAAGAUAUCGAUGGACUCGGCAGAGCUCAUGAAGAGUCCCGCGAAACGCAUAUCCGGGUCGCAAACGCGGUCAAAAGACGAAUACGGUUUCCCCUAUACACCCGUCGACGUACCCCCUUACUCCCCGUAUAUGCAGCAGAAUACUGCGUACGGGAAUCAGAUCGCGCAGUACAAUCGGGCAGCGCCCAGCUACCAGCCCUCCUCCAGACACCUGGGGUUCCAAUACUCGAGCUCGACGGCAUCCUCAUCACCUACGAUCAAGGCCCCCUCACCACAGGUCUCGAACUGGACCCCUGCAUAUCCGAGUCUGCCCUCGAAUAUGGCGCGAAGUCCGGGCGUCCCCUCGAAUGUAGGACCCCACCGUCCAUCGUUAUCCUCCCUCCCUUCACCGGCAGUCGCUGCGAACCCCCCGCUCAUUCGGACGUCAACCCUGCAACAGACGCCAAGCCCAGCAACGACCCCACACGGUGCCCACGCCGGGCAGAAUUUCAAUGCGUACGCACUUUACCCGCACAAGGCCAAAUUGGAGCUCAACGGGGAUCUGGACGCCAUGGCCCGGAACUGGACCGGGGAGGAAUGGGACUGCAAGAGGCGGCUAGUCCACUUUAAGCGGUCACAGUCAGGCAGCACCAUCACGACCAGCUUCCACCCGGUUACAGCGGAAGACCGGCCCCCCCAGAGCAUCUGCAUCAGCUGCAUUUACUGGGAGGAGAAGAACGAGUGUUUCGUGACCAGCGUCGACACCAUCUACCUGCUGGAACAGUUGGUGGCGGCUCGGUUUACGGUAGAGGAGAAGAAUCGGAUACGGAGGAACCUGGAGGGCUUCCGCCCGCUGACGGUUUCCAAGGGGAAGCCCGAUAGCGAGGAGUUCUUCAAGGUCAUCAUGGCCUUCCCGAAUCCCAAGCCCCGCAAUAUCGAGAAGGACGUCAAGGUCUUCCACUGGAAGGAUCUGGCGAGCGCUCUGAAGAAGAUCAUUGGCAAAUACUCUGCGAGCCCAUCCUCCACACUGCCACCUGCGCCUGCGCUGCUGACUCCCGUCAGCUCCACCGGCUACAGUACCGAUGCCUCAGCCGGGAUAUCGUACGUGGGUGAUCACCACGGCGCCUUAUCGCCACGCUCGAUGUCGGUCUCGACGACGUCCACGGCGUACGCCUCGAACAUCCCCGCCCGCGUUGGGUCGCCUCACCACCAGAAGCCCAUGGCGGGGCUCCAGGGCGGUCCUCCCAACCUUCGCGUCUCCGUGCCACACCCCCACGAAACGCCCAGCCACUGGCAGGGAGUCGGGCAUCACAUGUCCGGGUCCCAGCAGUACCACCUGGGGAGCCAGAGCGCUCGACCAUCCUGGGACAUGACGGGCUAUCUCGAGGACGGCAGCGCCAGUGCCGGCGGAGCGUCGACUCCCCAGACGCUGAACUACGCGACGACGCGCAACCUUGCGGACGUUGCGGGAGCUGGGGGCGAGAACCGGAUUGUGCGAAAUCUGACCUCGCAACAGCAGAGUCACCAGAUGCCGCGGGCGUGA